CUUGGACCUGCUACUUUGCACAGACUGAGAAGAGGUCCAUUUCACAAGAGACUGCACUACAGCAGAGGAGUGCUCUUGAGCCUUGAACAACAGUGAGCCAUCAACCAGACAGGAUUUACUGGUAAUCCAACAGGGGCAUUCAGGCUGUGGACACUUUAGAACUGAACCAAGGGGCAAGGUUUCCAGAGAAAUCCCAGAGGUAUUUUUGUCUUGCAGAUCCUCAUAGAUACUACCAUUUUCAAGAAAACUUCAAGAGUUACUUCACUUGCUCACCGUCAUGGGUCAGUGGUUCUCUGGUACUCCUGAUGAUGCUCAACACCAAGACUUGGCCUCUAGCUUUAAAGCAUAUUUUAAGAACUUCAAGAUGGAAAACAAAAUCAUCUCCCAGGAAGCCACCAGUUUGAUAGAGUUACACCUGCAAAAAGGAAAUAUUCAGGGGGCAAUCUCAGCAAUCGAUGAUGCUUUAAAAGAAAUUAAUAAUGCCCCGCUUCACAUCGCCGUGACAGGGGAGUCUGGAGCAGGGAAGUCCAGUUUUAUCAAUGCCCUGAGAGGAGUUGGACAUGAGGGAGAAGAGGCGGCUCCUGUUGGAGUGGUGGAGACCACAAUGGAGAGGACUCCAUACAAACACCCCAACUUUUCCAACAUUACAAUCUGGGACCUGCCUGGGAUUGGAACUAUUAAAUUGCAGCCAAAAGAUUAUCUGGAAAAAGUAAAAUUUAAGGAGUAUGACUUCUUCAUUAUUGUUUCUUCUACACGCUUCAAGAAAAAUGAUCUAGAUCUGGCCAAGGCAAUCAAAAUAAUGAAGAAGAAUUUCUACUUUGUAAAAGCCAAGGUGGACUCUGAUUUAAGAAAUGAAGAGAUAUCUAAGCCAACUACCUUUGACAGAGAAAAAGUCCUAAAGCAGAUCCGAGAAGACUGUGUGAGAAAUAUUAAGGAGAAUAAGAUUGAUGAGCCACAAGUAUUCUUGAUUUCCAACCACAAUGUAUCUGAGUAUGAUUUCCCAAUCAUGAUGGACACUCUAAUAAAGGAUCUCCCUGCUCAAAAGCGCCACAUUUUUAUGCUUUCCUUGCCUAAUAUAACUGAGGUAGCCAUUCAAAGAAAGCGAGAUUCUAUGAAGCAGUUUAUCUGGUUAGAAGCCAUCAAGGCUGGAGUACCAGCCUUUGUGCCUUUGAAGAAGUUCAUCAGUGACCAUGAGGAGGAGAAGCUGAAGGCAAGCUUAAAUUCCUAUCGAGUCUUCUUGGGAGUGGAUGAUGCAUCCCUGCAACAUCUGGCUAAGAAUUUGCAAGUCCCAGUAGAACAACUCAAAGAAAUGAUUAAAUCUCCAACUUUGUUGGAAACUAAGAAGGAAGAAACAAGAGAGGAAAUGUUUCGUAGAUAUUUGGAGAAUUUUUUUAUACAUGGUGGAGGCCUACUUGGUGCAGGUCUUAACUUUAAGAAAAUAUUUUACUUGCAACUUUAUCUCCUUGACACAGUGGCUAAUGAUGCUAAAAUUCUCCUUAAAGAAACAUAUUCAGGAAACCAGUUCAAACCCAAACCACACACAGCUGCUGAUCACGAUAGAACCUAAUGGCCAACACCAGAGUCAUCUCCCUUCUCAACUGUUAUCUUAAAACUAGCCAAUCCACAACCCCCAUGGGAAAGUCUGGGGGACAAGGCCCAUAGACCUUAAUUCUGGCAUUAUACCCAUGUGCAUUUUCCCACUUCCCUUCUCCCCAUCUUGCUGUCUCUCUCUCCUCUUCUCCCUUUCUCCCUCCCUCUCCCACAUACAUUGUUCAAGCUCCCUGCCCCUGAUAUCCCUGUCUGUGUCCCAUCUGCACUCCUAGCCUCUCUGGAGCAUGUGAAUAAUCAACUCUUCGUUUCAUGAAUUUUGUUUCCUAUCCUCGUUGUCUCACCUGACACACACACCUGAGCUUUAGACUCCCUCCUGCCCGCAUCAAGCCUGUGUAAAGACAGUGCCUGUUAUAGCUUUUGGCCACUCUCACCAAAGCAGAAAGAAACUCAUAACCAUAGAAAACACAACUCAGAUAAAGGGUUAUUAGCAAUUCCUAUGAAUCCUAUUUAGACAGAAUCCUUUUUUGAGAUAAUAACCAAAGGAAAUCUAUGAUUCUGUGCUGGGAGCGAGGGGGAGCCCUAUGAGAUCUCUCUGGUUUGAGACGAUUACUAAUCUUUUUAAUUGUAAAGAUGGUAAGGAAUUGCUUUAAUUCAUAUCUGAUGCCAACAGAUGCUUAAUAAAUGCUUGCUG